AAACAAUUAUAAAAAUACACAAAAAUAAUUAUUAUGCACCUCACUUAAACAAGCUAAAGUUAUCAGCUAAAACACGUCCCCCUCAUAAAAUGUAGGCAAGGCCAACGGUUCAAAAAAAAAAAAAAAAAAAAAAAAAAAAAAUCAAGAAAUGACAUUGAAUUGGCGAGUUACACAAUUUUGACAUUGUCUUGUUUCACAGAUGUUUUGACUGUGUAAAAUGUUGUUAGUAUCUGCUCCAAAGCCUUCUCGUAGUCAUGGUAACCUAUUUGUCCCCCCACAGUUUAGUAUUAGCUACUAAUUUACCUACAGUAUAGCAGUAAUUUAUGCUGCAGCGUUAGCUGAAUGUUACGCAACCGCAAACUGAAUUAUGUUUAAUAAAUAGUUGCUAGAUCUGAAACAAUACUAAGAUGACUUCUCCUAAAUAUGGAUAUACAGCACUACCAGCUGUAUGAAGCAUUUAUUUUAACUGUUGAUUAAAGUGAAACACCCACACCUUGUGGCUCCAGUCAUGUGACUGCAUGCUUUUAAGCAUCUGACUGGCAGUUUGACAUCGCAGUGCCAGUCAAUGGCUGAUAUGGAAGUCAUAGACAUGGCUAGCUCUGGACGAUACACUCGUCCAAAUUUCAAUUUGCUGCUAUUAAUUGUCCACCAGCUUGGCCUAAAAUUACACACAGUGGAGGGAGUGUGGCCAUUACCGCAGUCUUUCACCUCAUCAGCGGAGCGAUACUCUCUGAACCCACAGGCUUUCCACUUUGGUUACGGAGGUCAAUCAGCUGCACAGCAGGGCUGUUCUGUUCUGGAUGCUGCUUUCAAGAGAUAUGUUUCUCUUAUUUUUCCAGACUACAUUUCUGCAAGUGUUGUCCCUCGAUUCAAUGAGGAUAAACCAUUUACUUUGAGGAUCAGUGUGGACCGUGAUGAUUGUAACAGCUACCCAAAUGAAGACUCUUCUGAGAGAUACAAUCUGAGUGUCUCUGCAAGACGAGCAUCCCUGCAUGCAGAAACUGUGUGGGGUGCUGUAAGAGGUCUGGAAACCUUCAGUCAGCUGGUAUACCAAGAUGAUUUUGGCUCAUAUUUUGUUAACAAGACUGAGAUUGAAGACUUCCCCAGAUUUCAGUUCAGGGGGAUUUUGUUGGACACUUCACGUCAUUAUCUACCAGUGCAGGCCAUCCUAAAAACUCUGGAUGCAAUGGCCUACAGUAAGUUCAAUGUGUUUCACUGGCACAUCGUUGAUGACCCCUCCUUCCCUUACCAGAGCCGUACCUUUCCAGACCUCAGCAGUAAGGGGGCUUUCCAUCCGAUGACUCACAUCUACACGCAGUCAGAUGUGAGAAGGGUGAUCUCAUAUGCCAGGCUGCGGGGAAUAAGGGUCCUUCCUGAGUUUGAUUCACCCGGCCACACCAAGUCUUGGGGAAAAGGACAGUCUAACCUGUUGACUCCCUGCUACAAGUGGGGCACCCCUUCGGGUACUUUUGGUCCUGUUAAUCCAGCGUUACCCUCCACCUACCAGUUCAUGGAGAGACUAUUUAAAGAAGUGUCAUCAGUGUUUCCUGAUUCCUAUAUCCACUUAGGAGGGGAUGAGGUUGACGUCUCCUGCUGGAGAUCCAACCCUUAUGUCCGAGCAUUCAUGGAGAAGAUGGGAUUUGGAGAAGACUUCACCAAACUGGAAGCAUUCUACAUGGAGAACAUUGUGAAUAUUACUUCAGCUCUCAACAAGAUAUCCAUUGUAUGGCAGGAUGUUUUUGAGUACCAUGAACAACGCAGUUCUCUGUCAGUGGUGGAAGUAUGGAGAGAGGGCUGUUACCUGUGUGAAGUGCACAGGGUGACUAAAGCAGGGCUCAGGGUGAUUCUGGCCUCUCCAUGGUAUCUGGACCAGCCAGGACCCACACACAACUGGGCCCGCUUCUACACUGUGUGGCCCCUCGCCUUCAAGGGUACUGAGGAACAGAAGAAGCUGGUGAUUGGAGGUGAGGUCUGCAUGUGGGGUGAAUAUGUUGAUGCCACCAAUCUCACUCCACGUCUUUGGCCAAAGGCAAGUGCUGCUGCAGAGAGACUCUGGAGUGAUGAGAAGCAGACUGCCAGUGUGGACGAAGCAUUUCCUCGUUUGCAGGACUUUCGUUGCAAGCUGCUGAGGCGUGGCAUCCAGGCAGAGCCUCUCUAUGUUGGACACUGCAGACAUGAGUACCAGGGUGUUUGAAGAUGUGGGAUGGAUUAAUAUUACACUUUAUUUUUGGAGAAUGUUUGAACUUAUUAAGUUCACAGUUGCCUUCUUAUUUUCAUUUAGAUUGGUGUAAGUUUUUAGCAAAGUAUGUACACACUGAAAUGCUUUCUCAGGGACUUAUAUAAUUACUUAUCAUUUCUCAUUAAAAAAAAAAUGUAAGUGCUAUUUGAGUAAUGCUAUUUUUUGUUUAAAUUUUUGAAUAUUAUUAUAAUAUAUUUGAAUAUUAUUAUAUUAAUAUAUUGUCGUGAUGUAGAAAUGUUAACAAAAACCUUCCUAGGAGGAAAACUAAAGUACUGCACUGUGAUGCUCUGUUGAAUUCUACUUCCAAUAAAUAGUAUGGGAGAUUAAGAAGUGACUGCAAAAUAUAUAAUGUAGAUUUUCAGUCUAAAUAUUAACACUGGCAUUAUGCUGGAGCUUGUAGCU